UUACUAUUUAACAACCUGAAAGUCCAAGAUACCACCCACUUUUUCGAGUAUAAAAGGGUAUCCUUCUAUUCAUUCACUAAUUUUACUAAUAUUCAGCUAAUAAAUACGUCCUUUAAUCAAUCAACAAUGCCUCGCAAAAAUUCUUUAGCUAAAGAAGUAAAAGAAGUGCAAAAUAUCACAGAAGAGAAUAAACUCGAAGCUAUUGAUUCGAGUCUUGAUACGACAAAAACAACUAAAGAUUUAAUAGAAAUUCAUACACCGUUCUAUGAACCACUUACUAAGGAAGAACUUGCUAAGGCAAAAGAUAAGAAGACACCUGAAGAUAAGACAACAAAGAAUGAAUAUCUCUGGAAACUAAUCAGAUGUAAAUAUCUCCUGACAAUUAAACUGUGCUCAGGUGAGAAUUUAAUUUAA